AUGUCCAAGUUUUCAACAGCCACAAAAAUGUCAUCCCAAGAGGAAAUACUGAACGAUGGGCGGUUUAGCCAUGUUACGAGGGAUCCCAGAUUUUGGGAGAUGCCAGAAAAAGAACGUAAAAUCAAGAUUGACAAAAGAUUCCGAGCUAUGUUUCAUGACAAGAAGUUUAAGCUGAAAUAUACAGUGGAUAAAAGAGGUCGCCCUGUUAACUAUACUUCUAAGGAGGACCUCAGGAAAUUUUAUGCCUUGUCAGAAUCUGACUCUGAUCUUUCAGGAAAUGAAAGUAAAGAACACACUGAAAAGAAGAAAAAGAAAAAAAAAGCUAAACCUAAAGGAGAAGCAGAUUCUGCAAAACUACUUGCUGAUGGUCUCCCUAGGGAGGAGAGCAAAAUAAACAAACGAGAGGUGGACCAGCCAUGUGAAGCGGUGACAAAACUAGAUGAUCUUAAAAAUGAAGGACAAAAAGUUACAUCUAAAUUCAAGUUGAAAGAGGACUCUAAGAAAACUGCACCAGCAAUUGAUUGUUCUUGGGGAAACAAGAGCCUUUUACACAAAGGGGAAAACAAGCAAGGAGAUGCAUCAGGAGGAAGAUCAGUUUCAGUUCAAAACAAGCAGAAAUCUUUAAAACCAAGUGGUACUAAAUCAGUUAAAGCUCCCAGGAGGGAUGGUUCCCUAGGAGGAAAAAUAAAAGAAUCAGACACCUGUGAUCAACGUGACAUCAGUGAAAGCCAAUUAGAGGAAGAAAUUUCUGCAGAUGGUGAUUUUGAGUGUGCAGAAUUGGAAAAAGAGGAGCUGGAAGAUGAUGGAGAAACAGGUGAGGAAGAGGAGCCGGAAGACGACAGGGAAACAGAUGAGGAUGAGAAGUCAGAAGACGAUGGGGAAACAAGUGCAGAAGAUAGUGAUUCUGAAGAUGAUGAAGAAAGCGACAGCGGGCCUGAUCUAGCCAGAGGCAUAGGGAACAUUGAAACAAGCUCAGAUGAUGACGAGGAUUUAAAUGAUAUAUUUCCCAAGGAGCCAGAGAUAGAGCAUUUAUGGCGUGAGCUAGAUAAAGAUGCCCCUCGUGGAGACGAGAUUACAAACAGAUUGGCAGUUUGUAACAUGGAUUGGGAUAGGCUGAAGGCUAAGGAUUUGCUGGCUCUGUUUAAUUCUUUCACACCCAAAGGAGGAACGGUAUUUUCUGUUAAGAUCUAUCCUUCGGAGUUUGGAAAAGAGAGAUUGAAAGAGGAAGAACAAAAAGGACCUGUGGAACUAUUCGAUCUUCCAGAGAAUACCACAGAAAAUGAUGG